AUGACUCAACGAUAUCAAAGAUUUCAAAAUGCUGGCAUCAUUGAAGAAGUUUGUGUCAGAACUCCCUCCACCUCUGCAAGUAAUGGCAGCUCGUCAUCUUAUGUAAAGUUGAGAGACAUUCAAGACGUGUUUCCAGAUGCAUUGCGCUUCAAGUUGAAUGGACAUCCCAUCCCAUUCCUUGAAGACUCUGAUGGCAACAGAAUCGAACCCCCACGCAUUGCGUUCUAUCCUGGCAAGAUCCUGGACGUCAUCACAUGGGUACCGCAGUUCGACAACUCAAGCACCGCCACCGAUUUACCUUCCCUGGAGAAGUCGACAAAUCUGGCCUCUCAAGACCUUCCUUUAGCAUUAUCAAAUACGACAACCCCACCUUUCAAUUCAUCCCUCACUACUCGUAAUAAUGGACAAACCGAUAUGAUCAGCUCUGAAAAGGGUAUACAGCUGCUGCAAAAGAUCGAUAAAAAGAGUGACGAAGUGCUUAAGCUACAAUCGGAGAUACUUAGACUGCAACAGGAAGCCAAGAAGAAGAACGACGAAAUGCUUAAAAUGCAGAUGGAAAUGUUUAAGCUGCAACAGGAGGCGAAGGCGAAGGACGAUGAAAUGCUUAAGCUGCAACAUCAGGCCUUAGACAGACUCGCCAUCCUUCAAAAGCACGCUAAUGCUAUCCUCAUUCAGAACUUCGAGCUACACGAAUAUCCGAUCCCUCGACUCUUUAUAGUCUUGCCUGUCGACACCACCAAGUGGGACCCAAUGAAUGCCCUGAGAAGCAAGGUCCGCCUAUAUUUCCUAUGUGAAUGUGGAGAACACACCGUGGAUGCAAGCAAAAGCAGACGGAACGAAAUCCAUAUUGCCAAACAUGAAGGAUAUGAGAUCCGAAACAGCACAGAGUUCUUCCGCAAGUAUGGAAGGUACAUGUUCAUCCUUUUACAGUGCCUCAAGAUAGGGGCACCCUUGGCUAAUCCUCUCGCGCCAGCCUCGGACUUCAGUGCCGCUAUUGAUUCUUCAAUCAAAUAUAUGGAGGCAAUCUCUGAUGAGCAUUCGGCCUUGAGCAAGAUCAACACAAUCGAUAACUGUGAGGCACUCGAAGGAGCUGAUCUCCGACAGCUAAAUACAUUUCUUCAAACUACCGACGAAGGCAAACAACUUGGCAACUUGUACAGGAUCACGACGGAAGCAGGCUAUGUCAAAUGGGUCUGUCUUGAUCACUAUCGUUCGACGUAUAGAGAAGAAGAACAGAGGGCGUUUGAAAAGACAAUGCAGUGGAAUGGUGGCGAGUAUGACUCGCACCUCGGCAAAGUGAUUAUUACAUUAAAGUCUAGAACUACAGCUGGAGAAUUCUUUGAUGCGUUAGCCAAAGCAAGACGUGUUUACGAGUUGGAUAUCACCUUCAGCUGGAGCUGGACCAAAGCUGAUCUUGAAGCAUUCGAAGAAGUGAUAAAAAGAUCAAGCGUAUCAGCCCUUCACCUUAAAUUCGGAGAAUUCCAAGAAAGCACCACCAGGAAAUUGCUUUCAACAUCCACGCGAUAUGAAAUACUUGUUCGCAUUAUGGAGCUUAUCAACUUAAGGACAAUUGACAUUGUUCUACCCCCGAAUCUCAUAGAACUUUCCAAUCUACGACCCAAAAGAUCACCAUACCUUAAGGAUUUAUCCGUUAGGCUGAGGCCUCGAAAGAUGGCUACUACUGAACUUCGAGUGCUUUUAAAAUCACUCAAGGCUGACCCAGCAUUGACCUCCUUGGACUUGAGGGAUAACUCAAUUGGCAAUGGGGGAGCCCUGGCACUGUCAGAGGCGCUCAAGACUAAUAAGACUUUGACCACAUUGGAUUUGAUGGGCAAUUCAAUCGGGAAGGAAGGAGCUCUUGCACUAUUAGAGGCGCUCAAGGUUAAUAGAACUUUGCUCAAUUUAGACUUGGACUUCGGCCCACUUGGAAAGGAAGGAGCUUUGUUGCUAUCGAAGAUCAACACAACCUUAACUACUUUAAAUUUUAGUUCCAAACCAAUCGGGGAGGAAGGCGCAUGUGCAAUCUCAGAGGCGCUCAAGGCCAAUACGACUUUGACCUCCUUGAACUUGAAUCAUGCCUCAAUUGGAAAGGAAGGGGCUCUUGCACUAUCGAAGGCACUCAAGGCUAACUGGACUUUGACCAAUUUGAACUUGGGAGGCAACUCAAUUGGGGCUGAAGGGGCUCUUUCACUGUCGGAGGCACUCAAGGCUAACCUCACUUUGGUCUCCUUGAACUUGAAUUACAACCCAAUUGGGCACGGAGGAGCUCUUGCGCUAUCAGAGGCACUCAAGACUAACACUGCUUUGACCACUCUGGACUUGGGAAGCAACUCGAUUGGGGAAGAAGGAGUUCUUGCACUGUCAGAGGCACUCAAGGCCAAUUCUACUUUGGUCUCCUUGGACUUGAGUUCCAACUCAAUUAGGAAAGAAGGAGCUGUGGCGUUGUCAGAGGCCCUCAAGGCUAACACCACUUUAACUGCUCUAGACUUGAGAUACAACUCCAUUGGGGAUGAAGGGGCUCUUGCACUAUCAGAGGCACUCAAGGCUAGGAGGACUUUGACCUCCCUGAACUUGAGUAGCAACUCAAUUAAGAAGGAAGGAGUCCUGGCGCUGUCAAGAGCACUCAAGACUAACUGGACUUUGACUACAUUGGAUUUGACGAACAACUCAGCUGGGGAUGAAGGAGCUCUUGCACUAUCAGAGGCACUCAAGACAAACUGUACUUUGACGACUUUAAACUUGUAUUGUAACGCAAUUGAGAAGGAGGGGGCUCUUGCACUGUCAGAGGCACUCAAGACUAAUAGCACUUUGACCUCCUUGGACCUGGAUAACAACCCAAUUGGGAAUGGAGGAGCUGUGGCACUGUCUGAGGCGCUCAAGAUUAAUAGGACUUUAAAAAAGCUGUAUUUGAGAUACAACUCAAUUGAGAAUGAAGGGCGCGUCGCAAUGAUAGAGGCAAAUGAGGUUAACGCCGGUUUGGACCUUGAUACUGACUUGGACCUGUACUCACAUUUAUAUGAGUGAUUUGAUCCUGGAAAUAAUAUUAUAGUAGCU